CCAAGUUUGUCCGCACUAGUGCAGGACUUGGCCAAGUUGUUGUCCUUUGUCACUGGAGGAUCGCUGCCACUUGAGCGAAUCGAUCGUCGAGGGCCUCGGCGAGGACGGCGGCCGCCACCUCACUGAGGAGUCCGGGGUCUCCGUGGACGCGGCGUGCGGCGCCUUGGACGACGCCUUGGACGACGCCAUGGCCGACGCCAGGCCGGUGGAGAAGCGCGCCGAGUGGUCCGUGAGCUGCAGCCGGCGGGCGUCGCCAACGACUGGCCGACCCGAUCGGACCCAUUAUUACUCGCACACGGGUUUCCCCCGCAGCUGCCUUCCCGCAUACGUCGACGAAAAGUCCCACGGUGCUUUCGUGUCGAGAGGGUUGCCGACCGCAGCUUGCCUACACUACAAUCUGAAGUGUGUACUCAGCAUGCAAAGUAGGAGUGUGUAUUGCAAGUGUACACCUGAGGAUGCAUACUGGGUACACACUCAAGUUUGUAGUGUACUAGGCAAAGAUCUAGGAUGUGCUUUCGAUACGUGAGCCCGACAAACUAUUGGUUGGCAACCCUUCCGUCGCCGGUGCAUCGUGGCAACUUGUUGAACCUUGUCCGCAGGCUGUGGCCCCUCUGCAGGCUGGCCGGGCUGCUGCCUAUGUCGACGGCACGCUGCCAGUGCCCGGCCGGGGCGUCCUGGAAGGUUUGGGCACGCUUAACACCUUACUUAACACCUUACGAAGUAUUUUGAGCAUCCACCCUCUCAGCACUGGUGCCUCCUGGAAAUUUUGCCUGCUCUUGUGGCGACACUGAUUUGGAAGUCGCUCUGUGACCACCGUCUUAGACUUGCUCCUGCCAACCGCUGCUGCCGUCGGCGUACUGGCUGGCGUACUCCUUGUUGCUGGCCGCGAUGGUGGUGACGCUCACGGCUGUCAACGUGACCCCCGACUUCUCGAACAACUACGUCGCCGUCAACAACACGAACGCCACCGUGGUCUCGGGGCCGAUGAACCACUUCGUGUGCUGGUUCGACGUGGUGAGCGUCGCCGUCACCGCGGCCACCAGCAUCCUGCAGGGCGCCGUGGCGCAGGCCGCCGUGCUUCGACUCAUCGCGCUCCUCAAGAAGGUGGACUUGCUGCUGAGCUACAUCCCGCGCGGCGUCUCCAACUGGGUACCCCUCAUCUUGUCCUGCCUGACGUCCGUCAUGUUCCUGGACCUCGUCUUCAAGUUCUCGAUCAGUGCGGCCUCCGCCACGUUCAGCUUCCCCACCUACGCGUCGUACUUCAUCACCUACAUGCGCGAGGUCAUGUUCGUGGACGACGUCAACGGCCUCAACGCGCGCUUCGCCAACAUCAACAGCGAGCUGCAGGACUGCCUCGCGCCAGAGUACACCUUCGGGACAGUCACGGCGGCAGAGAAGCGGCGCAUGAGGAUCUCGCGCCUGGCGACGGUCUUCGACAUGCUGUGCCAGAGCGCUGACCUGGUGGCGCACCAGUACAGCCUGUUCCUGCUGUGCGACAUGCUGAGUCUGAUGGUGCGCCUGGUCAUCACCGCCUACUUCAUCGUCCGCGUCCUGAUGGUGUCGGAGGACUUCCCGUUGGCCAUGGUGUUCUUCGUCAUCGUCCAGGCCCUGUGGCUGCUGAGCCACCUCGCCCGCAUGUUCCUCCUCGUGGCACCCUGCUCCACCGCCAUGGACGUGACGGACCGCACGGGCAACAUCGUCAGCAGCAGCCUGGGCAGGGAGUCACAAGACAGCCAGCUUUCCCGACAGCUCAAGUCGCUCUCCAUCCAUCUGCUGCACCGCAAAAUUGGCUUCAGUGCAUUCGGCGUGUUUAACCUCAACCUGCCGCUCGUGUGCACGGUCCUGAGCGCGGUGACCACGUACUUGGUGGUGCUCAUCCAGCUGGAGGUGCCUCUGGAGGGGGAGGCGGGGUUGCGGGUUGCGCAUGGGUAGCGAUAGCGAGUCCCGCCUCGCCCCACCCCGCCUCGCCCCGCCCCGGCGGCGCGACAACAGCACAACAUCCGGACACUGACGACGUGUUGAUUUUGUUUACCAUUUACCACGCUAUUGACCCCAUCAUUCACUUCCUCUGGAAAAAAAUUUAAUAAAACUGCAGCCGCCUUUUGA